AUGCCAGCGCUGGCAAUCCGUGCCCAGGGAGAGUUAGUCGACGAUCUGCGGAAGAGUUCCGGAGGCAGCUGGAGGCGCCAAGUUUCUGAGCUGGGCCGCGAACUGCCGCAAAGGACGCAAGCUCAAUCGCCGACGCUCUCCGCAUACGUCGUCGCACGACCGCCAAUAGGAUGCUCUCCGUGCUCUGCCUCUCCCUCUUCGACGUGCAUGCCAGGUCUCGUCUCCACUAGCCCGGAAAUCCCGUUCCUUCGGCCGAAGUCCAGCAAGAAUGAGCCAGAUGUGCGCACACAGAUCCUCGCGAUCGCACAGCCUUCACAAGCUCAGCACCGGGAACUGUGA